ACUAACCAGUAACCCGCACAUUGACUCUGCACCGGUAUAUGGUCUCGCUAUUGUUAUUUUACUGCUGCUUUUUAAUUGAUUGUUACUUUGAUUUCUUAUUCUUAUUUGUGCACGUUCAAAUAUAUUUUUACCAAAUUAUCCAAUCCCCUAAUAACGCACUGCAAAAAUGAACUUGGACCAGAAUGUACUCGCGUUCCCAACUAAUUAUUGUUUCUGCAAUGAGGAUUCACCCUCUUAGAGAAUUAACUUAUCUGCAGAUACUCGUUGUUUUGAGCUCAAAAAGCAGUAGUAGCAGUAUGCAAAUCAGGGACCCUAAUGAACGGCUCUGUCACCGAUGCAAUAUGAUUCCCGACACGUUCGCCAAAAAUAACAGUUUGUUAGCGAACAAAAGGAAUCAGACAGAAGGCUCAUGCUGUCAAAAUGUCGGCGCCCAGAGAAGACACUUUCCGGGGCAGGAAAUCGCGACUGUGCUUGAAUCCGGAAGCAAGUGACUCCUGAGACUCCUGUCGAUAAUGUAUGGAAAAUAGUGAAAUCAAAGAAUGGAACAAAAUGAGCAAAAUGUGUAGUAGAAGACAAGGACCGGUCCAAUAAUGCAUUUCUUAUUGGGUAGAGUUUUUUGGACAAGGAUAUUCAUUUGGGAAAUCCAUUUGUAAUAUCGAGGACUGUGAAGAAACAGUGGGAAAGGUGGAUUCAAUCAAGGUGACUAGAAGCAGCCUUUUUUGGGUUAAUUGUGUUGAUGAAGAACAGAAGAAGCAUGCACUGGAUCUGUCAAAAUUGUCCACGUCAGAAGUAACAUGUAUUGAUCUUCGGAGCAGGGCGCCUGCCAAAGGAGUUAUAGCUGGAGUCUCAUUGGAUAUAGAUGAGUACCUUAGUCAGAAAAUCCCAAGAGUGGUCAGUGCACGUUGCCUGACCCGCAUGGUAAAUGGAAGGAAGGAGAAAAGCCUGGCGAUAUUAUUGUUUGAAGAGAAUCUACCUGAAUAUAUGAAGCUUGGGUAUGUGAGGUAAGCGCUGAGAUCAUUUGUGUCCAAACCAUUACACUGUGGAAAUUGUAAAGGAUAUGGUUGCUUGUCAAAUGUUUGCAGACGGGCGAAGUAUGAUAUUGAAUAAUCUAUGAAUGGAAAAUGUUGCAACUGUGGUGGGGAUCAUGUCAGGGUGAAGGAGGUCAAGGAUCAAGGCUGCGCAGCAGAUCUCCUAUGUGGAGGUGGUGAAGAGAGUCAAAGGGGCAAUAGGCAACAGUUUUGAAGAUAUAGCAGUGGAUGCAUUGCAACCAGUUGCUAGUGUUUUAAGUCAAUCGGGUGAUCUGGAUACACUCAUUGUGAAGAAGGUAGAUUGAGGCAUUUAUAGCCACAGUGAUUAAUUGUACCGCUCAAGUGUCUAAGAAGUCAAAGAAGCUGAAUUAUAUCAUUAUAUCAUUAUAUCCUAUACGUUUUUGGGGCUCCAAGACUUCACGGCAGAAGCACUACUGUCCCGCCCUCACAGGAGGCUUCUGAGCCUGUGUUGGGACCUGAUUUAGAAUGAGGUUUUUACAGAAAAGCAGGUUGAUUUUGUUUAGUUAAUUUAUUUUUUGUUCAUUUUUAUGUUAUUUGUACCCAAAUGUUUUCCUUUUUUGUAUCUUUAUUAUCCAUAGGUGGCGGAAUGCACAUUUAAUUGUUGCCAACACUAUUAUACCAUAGAAGAAGAAGAUGACGACGACACUUUCCGAGCAAGAAGCCUAAACGAGAUGGCAAGCCCAGACAGAAGGAUCAUCUUGAGCAGAUUCCCUUCCGCCUUCGAGAGAUUAUGAAAAGCAAGGAGAGGAUGAAGAUGGGGCCCAGCAAGGCCAAGAAGAUGAGAAAAGCUGACGCCAUCGCCCUUGCUCCCAAACCCAAGCCAGGGGAUGCUACAAUCGUAGAUAUCCCUGUUCCACACUUCCGUAGAAAGAAGAGGGAGAGUGAGAAGACGUACCUGCGGAGGAUGGGCAAUGAGGCGCAGCACGUCCUCUUCCUCACCAAGAACCAGAUAGAGAGACGGCCGGAGAGGGAGCUAGAGGAGCAGGAGAAACCUGCUGGCACCGGGAAAUGCAAGUCUGACAAGAAGAAAGAAUAUGAUAAAAGCCGGCUGGACAGGCUACAUAAAAAGAAACUGAACAGGCGGGAAGAGAAGGCAGAAAACGACAUGUUCAUAGAUGAAGUUGCCUUUGGAGAAGUUGCCAUGGCACCGCCGACUCUGAGUAUCAAGCCCAGGAAGGCACUGAUCAAGCCCCAGGGUGUGUGUAAGGGUCUCCUGCUGAACUCUCUGCUGGGCCAGACCCAGUUCUCCACAGCCAAGCCAUCCAUGGCCAGGCAGAGGAUGAUGGAGGAGGAGAGGCAGCGGGUGGUGCAAGCCUACCGCCACCUGAAGAAACAGAAGCAGCAUCGGCAAGAGGCCAAAGCAACUGGGAUAGAGAAGCUGAAGAACCUCCAGUGAGACUCCAGUGGUCCCAUUCUCUGCCUUGCUCCCUCCCCCAAGGUGUGCACUUCUCACUUACACUGUUCAAAUGCAGUGAUGCAAUUUUUUUUAUGUGGCUCUAUACUCCAGCUAUUUUUAUUUGAGAGCAGGUGACAGUAUUCCAAUAUUCCUUGUACACAAUGACUACAUCAAGCUUGUGACUCUACAAACUUGUUGGAUGCGUUUACAGCCUGUUCUGGUGUUUUCAGAUUACACGUUGUCCAAUAAGAAGUGAUUGGUGAAUAAUGUAUUUUGUUUGACUCACUUUUAUUGCAAGAAUAGAUUACGUUUGUGAACACUUCUACAUUCAUGUGGAUGCUACCAUGAUUAUACCAUGAUUAGGAAUGGAUGAUGAGGGUCAAAGAUCAUACCCCCCAAAAAAUGUUUGUCACCCAUUAUUGGGAAUGGUGAGAGUUUGACAUAUUUUCUAUUUUCAGUAAAUCAGAUCAAUAUGAAAGUACCCUCACAUUAGAGGUGAUGUUCUGUACUUUCACCUGAUACAAACAUUUUCUCAAAUCCAAAAUGCUGGAGUAUAGAGACAAAUUUGAAAUUGUGUGGACUGGUGUAAGACAUAUAGUGGAAAGUCUGUAAACCCCUGUAGCCUGUGUUUAAAUCAAUGCUUUUUAAUUAAAUGGAGGUGAGUGAGCAAGUGCACAUUUCAGGGUGAAUGAUGGGGAAUUUGGCUGCAUUGAAGAUGAAGGAGCCACAUGGAGGGGACAAGGGUUAGCUCAUCUGAUCACCAAGCAGUUCAUAUUCCUUUCCCAAUCUGCAGUUUUUGUGGACACUGGGAUGGAUUCUGACUGGUAUUGAAAGGACCAGACCACCUCUGCACAUAUGGACUGUUUCUCCUUGAAUAAGUAGCUUUCCUUCCUACCUACCUGCAGGCCUUGCCAUUUAUGUCAGGUACUUCUGACUGUCAGUGCCACUGUUUUCUGUAUUAACUAUCUUCUCUUGUGGCAAUGCAUGACUGCUUUGACAUGGACUACAUUAUGACUCUUUGGGGACUUUAAAACCUCUAACUAUUCCAUUACAUACAGUGCCUUCAGAAAGUAUUCAGACCCCUUGACUUUUUCCAUAUUUUCUUACGUUAGAGUUUUUCUCAAAUUGAUUAAAUUUGAGGUUUAAUCGCACAAUACCCCAUAAUGACAAAGCAAAAACAGGUUUCCAAUUUUGUGUUAACUUAUUCUAAAUAUCACAUUUACAUAGUUAUUCAGACCCUUUUACUCAGUACUUUGUUGAAGCACCUGGCAGCAAUUACAGCAUCAAAUCUUCUUAGGUAUGAUGCUACAAGCUUGGCACACCUGUAUAUGGAGA